AUGAUAAAUGAGUAUACAGAAUAUGGUAGUCAACAAUGCAGUGGUGAUACUGGAACUGAUCCUUACAAACAAGCAUGUGCAGGUGAUUGGCAAUUUGAUGUAUAUGAUAGUAAUUCCAGCAAUGCUCUAUGGCUGCAGUUUUUCUCAAAUCAUAACGGCACUGAUAAAGGAUUUGUUAUAGCUUAUCAAGAUACAUCUCUGCAACUGUGCACAACACCCACAGUCACGGAUCACUUGAUCAUCUCAUCUGCACACCAGAACGAUAUUUUUAACCAUGGUGACGUCAUCACAUUUACCUGUAAACAAGGAUAUGGAUUGAUUGGAGAAAGCCUCAUGUCGUGUCAGGAUGAUGGACAGUGGAGUAAUAAUAUACCUACAUGCACAGCUGUAUCCUGUGGUGUCCCGCCAUCAUCCGCUAAUGCCUACCAUGCCAAUACUGACUAUACCUAUCAAAACACUGUAUACUACUAA